AUGCAAGGCUCUUUGAAUAAUAGGAGAUUCUCAAGAUAUGAUUUUGAUGGCUUUUUUGUUGGAUUCGAAAUCUGUGGAGGAAUUGGAAAUGGAAAUGAAUUUGCUCCUGUUGCCGUGCUUGCCAAUUGUAAUGUUGGAGAUGUGACCCUAGAGCCAAUGCUGUGUACACAAAAGUUAAGAACACCUCCUUUGCAAGUUGCAACAGACAAAGGCCAUUGCUAUGUUUCUGAACACAGGAGUGGAGCAGCAUGUGAUGUGAAGGUCACAAGUUUGACUUGUGGCAAGACCUUUAUUCCUAAUGAAAAAAAGAGGAUUAGUUGGGAUUCUGUCAUGAGAAUGGAUGCAAAUUUGCGAGAUCUGUUUUUAUACGAAGCAUUUUUGUAUUACAAUCCUCUCCUUCUUGUGACUAUGAUGGUUUGGCUUUGGGGAAUAAAUUUGUGGGUAUUUCUACAAUCCACCGUAAGCUAUGCUAAGGUCUUUGAUCUUGAUCAAAACCACCUCAGUCACAAAGAGAUAUGGAAGUGUAGCACUUGGAUGACAAUCAUUGUCCCUACUAGCAUGACUGCUUACCUCUAUCUCUAUUCUCAUGGGGAAGUAUCAUUGGCUGCAUCUCAACCAGUGCUUCUCUACAUUCUUGUUGCAAUGAUCUUGAUCUUUCCCUUUGAUAUUUUCUAUUUGUCCUCUCGGUACUUCUUUUUGAGGACAUUACUUCGGAUAGCUUUCCCUUUACAACCAAUUACGUUUCCAGACUUUUUCGUGGCUGAUAUUUUGACCUCCAUGGCAAAGGUGUUCUCAGAUUUAGAACGCUCUGUUUGCAGAAUGGUAAACAAACAGGUCGCCACAAUUGCUUGGCUUGAAGCUGAUUCAGUUUGUGGUAGUCACUCAGUUGCAAUACCAAUAGUUCUUGUUCUUCCUUAUAUAUGGCGUUUAUUGCAAUGUCUUCGCCAGUACAGAGAUACCAAAGAAAAAAAUUGUCUCUUCAAUGCUUUAAAAUAUUCAACAGCAGUCCCAGUCAUUUUUCUUUCAGCCCUUAAAUACCAUGUUCUCCAUGAGAAGUGGACAACUCUUUAUAGGCCACUGUGGCUUCUCUCAAGUGUCAUUAAUUCCCUCUAUUCAUUUUACUGGGAUAUAACCAGAGAUUGGGAUUUAAGUGGAUUUUCUCGCAUAUUCAAGUUCACCAAACCAAGUGUAGUCUCCAAUCUGUUCUAUGGUCGACAAUGGAUAUACUUUUGGGUGAUUGGAACCAACUUCAUUCUGCGCUGCUCAUGGACAUACAAAUUAUCUGCUCAUCUCCGACAUAACUACCUGACAUUGUUUGCUAUCACUCUUCUGGAGAUGUUACGUCGCUUCCAGUGGAUCUUUUUUAGAGUUGAAAAUGAGUGGAACAAGAUCACACGAUCUGGUAUUCAGCUCACAGAAAUUCAAAGAGAGGAGGAGAAAUUGCUAGGUUCCAACAUUCAUGAUGUAUAG